AUUUGCCCCCCCAAAAACCCUAGUUGUCUCACAAUUUUCAGCCUCCGAAGUUCGCCGAUCAAACGAAUUGAAAGAAGGUGAUGGCUCCGAAGCAGCCAAAUACAGGGCUAUUUGUGGGACUGAACAGGGGUCAUGUUGUCACCAAGAAGGAAUUGGCUCCCCGCCCUUCUGAUAGGAAAGGGAAAACAAGCAAAAGAGUGCACUUUGUCAGAAACCUCAUAAGGGAAGUUGCUGGACUUGCGCCAUAUGAGAAAAGAAUUACUGAGCUUCUUAAAGUUGGAAAGGACAAGCGUGCUUUGAAGGUAGCUAAGAGAAAGUUGGGCACUCACAAGAGGGCAAAGAAGAAGAGGGAGGAAAUGUCUAAUGUUGUCCGCAAGAUGAGGGCUGCUGGAGGUGGUGAAAAGAAGAAGUGAAGCCUGUUUUAGUUUGUUUUGUUUUGCUAUUUGAAGAACUGAGUUUUUGUCAACAGGCAUUUUAGUUCAUGAAUUCAGUUAGUUUUACCAUGUAUUUGUUUUUCAUGUAGAGAAGACUAAGUCUAUGGUUAAGGAGUAAGGACAUGAUUUUGAACGAGUCUAAAUUAUGUAGAAUUAUGCUUUAUUAAUUCAAAAUGAUCCAUUUGUCAGUCAAGAUUUUCACUUUUUCUAGUUGCA